UUCACCACUCUUACAACCCUAAUCAGAAUCACCACUCUUGCAAAAAGCGAGCACUUGCUUUCGAUUACGUUUCAAGAAAAUUAACCUGUGAGAUUUUGUUUGGAACCAUGUCGUCAAAGAAGAUGAUCACUCUGAAGAGCUUGGACGGACGGACUCUUGAGGUGGAAGAAGCGGUGGCAAAGAAGUCGCCUAUGAUCAAGAAAAUGAUUGAGGAUGAAGACGUGAUGGAGGAUGAGGUUGAUGACGAGGACAACGACAACGACAACGUCGUUCAUCUCCGGAAGGUGACUUACAAGGUUUUGGACAAGGUCAUGGAGUACUGCAAGAGGCACGUUAACGACGACGAGAAGGUGGUCAAUGAGGACGAGCUCAAGGCGUGGGACCAAGACUUUAUUGUCAAGACUGACAAAUCCACCCUCUGCAAUCUUCUUCUUGCUGCGUACUACUUGAACAUCCAGAGCCUGCUACUCCUGCUAUCCAAGAACGCUUUUCACAAGACAGGUGAGGAUAAGACAAUGGAGGAUAUGCGAAUCCUUCUCGCAUGCCAACAGUGAAUCUUCUGCUGCAGUUUUUUUUUAUUUUUUUAUUGCGUCAAUUCUUUUUCCAUGUUUUUAGGGUGCUGCUACUCCUGGGGAGGUUUAUUUUCCUCCUUCCUUCUUGCUUUUUGUCUUGGGAGGACUGAGGAGUAUAGGCCUCAUCUCCCCCGGCCCUCGCUAGCUUGUUGUAGACUCUACAUCUUGAUAUUAAUAAAAUAUUAAUUACCUUUUUUUUUUUCCUACUAAAUUUGGAAAUGGGGAGUAGGGGUGACAUUUAGGAACAUGUUUCCCAUAUCCGCACAACUUACAUUCACCGCCCGGAAAUGAUGGUUCAGGUUCGGGUAUUGGGCGGCUAUAAGCCUAUAACCAAAGCCGUUUCACCAACCAAUUUUCUCACUGACCUUCAUCACCCGUCGACACUGAUGGUUUCGUUCUGGUUUAUUGGUUUGGCUGAAGCAAACCGGUGUUUAUAAUCAAACCCAGUUCUGAACCAAAUU